AAAAAUAUUAAAACUGUUGUAAAAUAGUUAAAUAGUUAAAUAGUAAAUUAUGAAAAUCUAAACUCUAGCUAUUACCCAUAAUUUAUUUAGUUUCAUGUUUAAUGGUUUUUCGUUACACAAGUUUUUUGAUUCUUUGACUAAGAUUUCGAAUUUUAAAUAAAGGUUGUUCAUAGAGCAUUUUCAAUGAACGAACUAAUGGAUUCUAGAAAAUAUGUGAAAGUUAAGUGUGACUGGGAAUCUAACAUUGAUAAAAUGGACAUCAAUGAUUGUGUGGUGGUACGUCUCCUACCACCUGAACACGAAACCCUCGAAUUUGAUAUAAUACGUUUGAUUGAAGAUACAAAUUGCUAUUGUAUGAAUUUUAUAAAGCCAGAAGACGUAAACGAUCUAAUUGUAAACAUUAGUUGCGAUUCAGAACAUCUUAUCAAUACAAUUUUUGUUUGCUCAGAGGCAAAAAUUAUUGAACUGUUUGGUAAAACUGGAGAGUACGUAUCUACACAUAUCGCAUAUUAUUCCAAAGAAUUAAAGGAUUUUCCAAUGAACAAUCAUUCGAUACUCAUCGAAGGUACAGAAUGCAGUUUAAAAUUUGAACAGCUUAACAAACCCGAUUUUGUAUGGAUUUAUGGUGUGCUAAUUUAUUUAACUGAAGCAAAACAAUCUUCUAAUACAUCUGUAGGCCCUAUUAAUAUGGAGAAUGUUCAACAUUUAUUGAAUCCUGAAUCAUUGACCAGUAAUGCUUCAAAAUUGUUAUCUACUUUAAGUUUUAGAGAUCCAAAAUUGAAUACUAAUGAGUUUUUGAACACACUUUUGAAAAACAUUGAAACAUCUAAACUACCAGAUAGUAGUAAUAAAGACGAAUUAAUGUUACAUUAUUUUAAACUAUUUGAAAAGAAAGUUGAGGAUAAGCUCAAUCAUAUAACACUCCAGUUGAAUGGGUUCGAGAAUAAUAUUGAAUUAUUGAAUAAAAAAUUUGACACAUUAUUGAGUGCACUACAUGAAAAAAACAAGUUAUGAUAUUAUUUUACUUAAUUUUAAUGUUUAAUUAACUCCCAAAUAUAUCUAUAUUUACUUAUUG